CUGUCUGACCCCAACACACUUCCUGGUUCAACAGCGUUUGCACACGUUGAAAUGUCAUCGUGAACACUAAACAAUCCGCAAAUUUAGCUUCAUCUGUUAUAGGAGUCGGGUCGUUAUUUCAAGCAGUUCUUCUGACUUUUUCCGUCAAUCGGAGGACGCACAGAGAUCAUGAAGGUUUUCAUAACUAGACGCAUCCCACAGGAGGGAAUGAAGAUUCUGUCACAGGCUGGAGUAUGUAAAGUGUCACUGUGGGACUCUGAUGAGCCUGUUCCGAGGGCGGAGCUUCUGAAGGGCGUGGAGGGGGCCCAUGGGCUGCUGUGCCUCCUGUCGGACAAGAUCGACACAGAGGUUCUGGACGCAGCAGGUCCAAACUUGAAGGUUAUAAGUACCUUGUCUGUCGGAUUUGACCACAUGGCCAUGGAUGAGAUCAAGAAACGAGGGGUGCGUGUGGGCUACACUCCAGACGUCCUGACUGAUGCCACAGCGGAGCUGACCGUCGCCCUGCUCCUGGCUACAGCUCGGCGGCUACCAGAGGGCGUGGUGGAGGUUAAGAAUGGAGGCUGGAGCACCUGGAAACCUCUGUGGUUGUGUGGUUAUGGUCUGUCAGGCAGCACUGUCGGUGUCAUUGGACUGGGACGCAUAGGUAUGGCCAUUGCCAGGAGGCUGAAACCGUUUGGAGUGAAGAGGCUCCUGUACUCUGGAAGAACUGCCAGAUCCUAUGCUGCUGAGGUGGAUGGAGAAUACGUGCCCUUGGACACGCUGGUGUCUGAGAGUGAUUUUGUCGUGGUGUCCUGCGCCCUCACACCAGAGACCCAAGGCCUGUGUAACAAGGACUUCUUCAGCAAGAUGAAGAACUCCGCUGUCUUCAUCAACACCAGCAGGGGUGCAGUGGUGAAUCAGGAGGAUCUGUACCAGGCUCUGUCCAGUGGUCAGAUAGCUUGUGCUGGGCUGGACGUCACAACCCCAGAACCACUCCCCACCGACCACCCCCUCCUCACCCUCAAAAACUGUGUGGUCUUGCCCCACAUUGGAAGUGCUACCUACUCCACACGUGGCAUCAUGGCAGAGCUGUCCGCAAACAAUCUGCUGGCAGGCCUACAGGGCACAGACAUGCCCAGCGAACUCAAAUUCUAGUGCUGCUCUACAACUUCUCAAUUCUGCCUCGGUCCUCCUGUUAGAAUGAUUUUUUUAAUCAACCAAUCAGUAGUCAUUACCAGGGAAGGUAAAAGCCGUAAGUGACCAGGAAGGAAUCUGUGUUAAGAUUAUUGCUGUUCUAUUAAAGGAAAGAUUCACCCAUUUUGAAUGUUAUAUAAUUUUUGUGCAUCUCUGAGCGAUGUUCUAUCGAUUCCUGGGGAUUUUCAUGUGUAUCUGAGCUAUUCGCCGUUCAAACAUGCAGAAAUACAGCCAGUGUGCCAUGUGCUGCAUCAUAGAAAUACAGCCGGUAUGACGUCUUUAGUGUCAUAGAAAUACAGCCGGUAUGACGUCUUUAGUGUCAUAGAAAUACAGCCGGUAUGACGUAAAAUUUGUCCUUUCAGCUGUAUUUAUGCCUGCUUGAAUGGCAAAUAGAUGCACAAAAACUGUAUAACAUUCAAAAUGGGUGAAUGUUUCCUUUAACAUGCUCUCCCAACAUGAAGGUAAACUUCUGCCUCUUGCUCUUACUGUUUUACAAGAAAUAACUAACUUCUAAAAUGUUACUUGAAAGAGGAAGUGUAUAGUAUUAGCGUUUUGAGAACAUGCCUCAGUACACUUAACAGUACUCCUAAGGGUCAGCCAUGACUUCCUUUUAAGGUCAUAGAAAAGCACUACAAUGUCUCUGCACACAAUUCAUUACUGGCCUUCUUGUUCUUAUGAAACACUUGAUCGAAUUGUGUAAAACAGUAGUUGUAAUGUUUUCUAUUGUUCUCAUGACAGUUUUGUGUUAACAUAUUGAGAUAUGGAUCGCCAUUGUCUAUUUGUGCAUAAUUCUAAGAAACACUAUCUCUAAUGAAUCUAUGGUAAAACA